AUCUAUCGCCAUAAAAUUGGAUAAUCCAUUUCUUGAUCUUCAUCAGCUAAAACCUCUGUAGAAACCCACUUCAAUUUCCAAAUGCUCCGUGCUAGCAAUCUCCGUCGCUGCCUCCACUCCUCCCUCCGCCGCCGCGACCCCUUUAAACCCCCGUCCACCACCACCGCCGCCGCCCCUUCCACCCCCCGCCCAUUCUGUACCGUACCAUCCCCACCACCCACUUCCUCCGCCGAUUCCGAGCUCCGAAAAUACAUCGGGUACACAAUCCUCGCCGCCGUCUGCGGCGCCGCCACCUACUACUCCUUCCCCUUCCCUGAAAACGCCAAGCACAAAAAAGCCCAGCUCUUCCGCUACGCCCCACUCCCCGCCGACCUCCACACCGUGUCCAAUUGGAGCGGCACCCACGAAGUCCAGACCCACACCUUCAUCCAGCCCGAAACCCUCUUCGAGCUCGAAGCCGUCGUCAAAAAAUGCAACGACAAGAAGCAGAAGAUCCGCCCCGUCGGGUCGGGUCUUUCCCCCAAUGGGAUCGGGUUGACCCGUUCCGGGAUGGUCAAUUUGGCUCUAAUGGAUCGGGUCCUGGAGGUGGACGAGAAGAACAAGAGGGUUAGGGUUCAGGCUGGAAUUAGGGUUCAGCAGCUCGUCGAUGGGAUCAAACAGUACGGACUCACUCUGCAGAAUUUCGCUUCGAUUCGUGAGCAACAGAUCGGCGGCAUUGUCCAGGUUGGGGCACAUGGCACAGGAGCAAGGCUGCCUCCAAUAGACGAGCAAGUUAUCAGCAUGAAACUGGUAACUCCGUCCAAGGGCAUAAUCGAGAUUUCCAAAGAGAAAGAUCCGGAGCUUUUCUAUUUAGCUCGAUGUGGUCUUGGAGGGCUCGGUGUGGUUGCAGAAGUUACUCUACAAUGCGUCGAGAGAAUGGAGCUCGUCGAGCAUACAUACGUAUCUAACAUGAACGAGAUUAAAAAGAAUCACAAAAAACUCUUGUCUGAAAACAAGCACGUCAAAUACUUGUACAUUCCGUACACGGACACAGUUGUAAUCGUGACGUGUAAUCCUCUUUCGAAAUGGAAAGGCCCACCGAAGCAUAAACCCAAGUACACUCCCGAAGAAGCCACGCAGCACGUGAGAGAACUCUAUCAAGAAUCGUUAAAGAAUUACAGGAAAGUAGUUGUGAAAUCGGAUGAAGACGAACCGGAUAUCAACGAGCUUUCGUUUACGGAGCUGAGAGAUAAGCUAAUUGCGAUGGAUCCUCUCGAUAAAGAACACAUUGCGAAAGUGAAUAAAGCAGAGGCUGAAUAUUGGAGAAAAUCGGAGGGGUUUAGAGUGGGAUGGAGCGACGAGAUUCUGGGGUUUGACUGCGGUGGUCAACAAUGGGUCUCGGAAACAUGUUUUCCAGCUGGCACCCUUUCGAAACCUAGUAUGAACGAUCUUGAAUAUAUAGAGAAACUGAUGCAAAUUAUCGAGAAAGAAAAUUUACCUGCCCCUGCCCCUAUUGAGCAGAGAUGGUCCGCUCGCAGCAAAAGCCUCAUGAGCCCCGCUUAUAGCUCAUCCGAAGACGAUAUUUUCUCAUGGGUUGGGAUAAUUAUGUAUCUUCCGACAUCGGAUGCUCGUGAGAGGAAGAAUAUCACAGAGGAAUUUUUCCAUUACCGUCGUUUAACACAGGAGAAAUUGUGGGAUCAGUAUUCAGCUUACGAACACUGGGCUAAGAUCGAGGUCCCGAAGGACAAAGACGAGCUUGUUGCUCUACAAGCCAGGCUAAGGAAACGAUUCCCCGUGGAUGCGUACAAUGAAGCAAGAAAGGAACUCGAUCCGAACCGCAUAUUCUCGAACAAUAUAUUGGAGAAAUUAUUUCCCAUCACUCAGACUGUGCAAUAGCGCUCGUAAAUCGACGGUCACGAUUUUUUUCAUGUCGGUAUGUUUUUUUACGCCUGAUCAAGAAAACGAUGGCUGAUCUUCUUUUUAAUCGGAAUAAAAAUUUGAGAUGCGGUUGAUUGUAUAUUCAUUGUUAAAAUGUUUUUUUCUCGGGUGCUCCGAUGGUGGAGGAGCUUUUUCGUUCGUCUUAAAAUGGGAAUUAAAUUUUGUUCUUCAAUUGUUGUGUAAUACACUUGAUGGUGUUUCUAUUGUUGGAUAAUAAAAGUCUCUUGACAAGGUUAAAUUCUA